GAAUGCUUUGAUUGAUAACUAUGGACAGGUCAUGCCAGUAGACUGGAGUCAGUCUCGUACUCGCUCACUUCACCUCCCCGUGCUGAACGUUGAGGACAAGCCAAGUGAGGAUGAUGUGAAUCUGGAGGAGUCUGAUGAUGAAGAGCUGAGGGAACAGAUGGAUAUGCAUUCCAUCAUUGUGCCCUGCAUUAAUGAUGAGCCUUUUCUCACCGCUGAGCAGGUGAUUGAGGAGAUAGAGGAGAUGAUGCAGGACUCUAUGGACAUGCAAGCAGAGCAGAACCCUCUUCAGACAGAUCUAAUUCACAGAUCCACAAGUCACAGCUUUGAGGAGAGUAAGUGCCAGAACACAGGUCUAAUAAUGGUUUUAUCUGACAUUUAUUCUGUGAGCAUAUCAAUAAUGGUAAUGCUUUGGUCUGUUAAGUAUGUUUUACUGUUGUUACCUGACUAACAUGCAGAUGUUUUUAAUCAACGAUGUAAAAAAGUGUCUCACUGACUGAUAUAUAAAGAUCUCAACUUCUUUGAUUUCUGUUUGCACAAAUUUCACAUUAAUUUCCUGG